AGAAAUAACACAACAGUUUCUUUUUAAAGGUCUUACUUGAGCAAUUGGUCUGGGAAAGGAAAAGCAGAGGGCGGUACCAACAUCCUUAUAUUGCCUGAUGUCAAUGGAGCGUCCACUGCACUGUACGCUUGAGGAAACAUGUCACCGGUGUCUGGAGUUUUUCUGAAGGACUCUUCAAAUAGCUUCAAGAAUGUAUAGCCAUCCAUAAUUCAAGCAUGUUUGAGAGUUUAUUUCCUUUCUUCGAAUCCCAAAUUAUUUAGUUGCUCGUGAUGCCGCUGUGGAGUAGUUUAAUCCUCUUCACUCUCUUUGGAUCUUCUCUCCUCAAAGAUCGAAAUGCAGAUGGCCGCUGCAUUGGAAGAGCCUGCAACCCGCGCAUGGGUAACUUGGCAAAGGGCAGAGUUGUGACCAGUCGCUCCGAGUGCGGCGCCAAUUCCUCAGAGCGCUUUUGCGUCUUCAACCAUGCAGCGGUAGUUCCCCGUAGUCGCCGCCCGAGGGAGUUCUGCUCGCUGCCACCUGCAUGCGGCAAGUGCAACGCAUCCAUCACUGGCCAGGCGCACCCCGCAUCGGCCAUGAGCGACUCAUCGUCCCUUACGUGGUGGCAGUCGGCAGCGGGCGUGGACGAGGAGACGCUGCGUCUAGACUUGGAGACGGAAUUCAUCUUCACGCAUCUAAUCGUAGUGUUCCGCUCUCCGCGACCCGCCGCUAUGGUGCUGGAGCGCUCCCAGGACCGCGGACGCACAUGGAGCCUCCUCAAGUAUUACGCACGAGACUGCGUAGAUGCGUUCGGAUAUUCAGAGGGGUUGCUUGCCGGGGAGAGCGGUACGACGUGUACGUCCAAAUAUUCGGGAGCGUUUCCUUGCACCGGUGGAGAGGUGAUCUAUCGGGCCCUGCCAACCUGGAACUCUGUGGACCCUUAUAGCCCAACUGCACAGGAGCAACUUCUUAUCACCAACCUGAGGGUUCGUUUAUUGCGGCGCCAACAGUGUCCCUGCCAGGCCAAGCUGCCGGGAGCAGCUCUGCUGCCCACCGACCAUUACGCCAUUUCUCACUUGGUCAUUAAAGGCAGCUGUCUGUGCAACGGACACGCUGAUCAAUGUGUGCCAACCGAGGGCCUCCGGCGUAGCCCGCAGCAGACUGUGGACAUGGUUCAUGGCAAAUGUGUGUGCAGACACAACACAGCCGGUGACCACUGCGAGCGCUGUGCACCGCUAUAUAAUCAACAACCCUGGCGAGCAGCCAAUGGCAUCAGUGGGAUGCCACAUGAGUGCCAGAAGUGCAAGUGUAAUGGCCAUGCCAGGAGAUGUCACUUCCACCGUGGACUGUGGUUAGCAUCAGGCCGGCGGAAUGGAGGCGUGUGCGACGACUGCCGCCACAACACGGUGGGCCGACACUGCCAGAACUGUAAAAAGGGUUUCUUUAGGGAUCCCAGUCUUCCAAAAACAGCAAAGGACUCCUGCAAACCCUGUUCGUGCCAUGGUGUUGGCUCUGUCUUCACGGGGGGCUUGGCCCUGUGUGACCCUGCCAGUGGUCAGUGCCCAUGUAAACCAGGUGUGGGUGGUCCCCGCUGUGACCGCUGCGCAGUGGGACACUGGGGGCUUCACCAAUAUGGCUGCCAGCCAUGUGACUGUCCGGAGCUGUGUGACCCUUAUACUGGUGACUGCAUUGCUGGCUCACAGGUGCAGGCCACAGGGCAACACAAGGACAGUAAUGAAGAUGCCUCACACUUCAGACCAGAGGAGUUUUUCUCUGCACUGCACCAUUCUGAGAAAUGCAAAUGUGUCGAAAUGACCCUGAGCAACCACAAACUCUUUUGUGCAGCUGAAUAUGACUAUGUACUGCUGGGCAAGGUGAUGUCAGCUCACGAUAAAGGCUCCCAUGCUGAGGUUGAAGUCAAGGUGAAGAAGGUUUUGUACCAGAGGCCUCAUGUGAAGAUCCAGAGAGGAAUUGUUACCCUUCACCCGGAACCCUGGACCAGGCGAGGAUGUACUUGUCCCAUCCUUAAUCCAGGCUCUGAAUACCUGGUGGCUGGCCAUGAGCUCUGGAGAAAUGGCAGACUCAUUGUGAACGGCAAGAGUCACGUUUCACCAUGGGUGUCCAGUCUGAGCCGCAAGAUCAUCCACAUGCUCCAGAGAGACUGCAGACUGCGGUAAGACGUGGCCAAACAUUUUCCAAAGUGGCAAAUCAGCCAAAGCGGACGUGGGACACCAAAGAAGCCAGGUUGUUAUUAUCGGCUGGAGCCCCGAAGCCAAAGUUGAAAGUGAAGUCAAUUUGUUUCUCCAAGUGUUGUUUUAAUGUUGCCGGUAAAACAAAAAUCCCUGUUUUGUAAAUGAAAAGACCCUGUAUUCAGAGAAUUCAAAUUAAACCAAUGUGAACUGAUGGUGGCCUAAUGCUGUGAAGGUUUCCUCCUGCCACCUAGUAGUGGGAGAUGGAAAAUGGACUGGCAUGUCAAAAUGUUGUGAUAAUUUGACAACCAAUGUUUGUCAACAUUUGUUACAUUUGAUUAAAAUGUGUGAUUAGAAUGGCUACAUGCUGAUCCAAUGUUUUUUCUUGACAAUGCUUUCCGAGAGAGUCUUUCUAAAACCCGACAUAAUCAAGCAAUUCACUUAUCCUGUUAUUACAGCUAUGGGGUAUGAAGCUGUGUCACGCUCUCUGCAUGAUCAAUGAUUUCCACCUUCCACAUUUUAACAGCUGGUCCAUCUCAAUAAAUUUUGUUAUGGAAAAUAGUAGCCCAAUUUAGAAAAAUAAACACAUAUGCUAGAUUUACCACAUACAAAGUGAAAUUACAGCUGAGAUACACCCCACAUUUACUAUCCCAACAAGUUUAAAUUUUGCAUAAGAAACCCAUCCACCAUGAUAAAAUUUGGGGGUAAAUUUAGCAGGUGAAAGCAUAUUCAUGUGUUUGCAGGAUUUAAAUAGGAUGCUAUUUUUAUUCUUUUGAAAUAAACUUUCCUCCAACAUUCUAAUGAAUUGAAAUGCACCUGCAGAACGUCUAGGACAAAGUAAACACAGCAAACAAUUUGAUGCUAUGAUAUUUUGCAUGUUUCUUAAUGCAUGUAAGAAAUAGAUGAGUCCAUAUAUGUCCUUUGCUUCAUUUGAUGAAAAAAAAACCAAGCACAAAUCAGCGGCUACCAUGAUCUAA